CCUAUCAAAAGAGCGGGAGGCGGGAGGUUGUCCCAGCUGGAUCGUCGUGGUACCUGCGAGCAGCUGCAGCCGCUCACAUUAGUGACUGGAGGCUGCCCGUGCUGACGAGAGGAGAGCGCGCGCAAUUGGGAUUGUCUUGAAAGCUCCCUCAGCUUUCGCGCAAGUCUCUCAGAGAGAACUUGACAGGGAAGCGGCGGGUUGUUUUUUUGCAAGGAAUUUUGACUCCUAGGGAGAAAGGGUGUGGGAGGAAAGUUUUGCUUUUAAAUUAAUUUUAUGUUUGGCAUUUUAUUUUUGGUUUCUCCUUUCUUCAGUCCUUCCCACCCCCAUCUCUGGCAAGAGUUUUUUCUUUCCCUGUCCGAAUUCCAUUAUGUGUGAGGGAUUCUUCCGUAAAUAGGGAACGGAGAUAGGCGGGUUGCUUUCCCCCUUUUCCUUCUGGCUUGCUCUUGGCGUAGGGGAACAGGCGCAAACAUACUGCCGGCUAUCCUGGCUUAGGAGAAAAACAGACGCCAAGCAGAAUUAGAUCAACUGGCGGGCAGGAAACCUCUGUAACAAGAACGUGAGCUAUAGUCUGUGUGUGUAAGUGUAACGUGAGGACAUUUUUUACCUGGGCAGGACAUUUUUUUCCCCUGUCGCCCCAGGAGAGAAGGCUGUGGCAGAGACCCCCUUGCAGCUCCCCUGAGGGGUAGGGCUGAAGGGGGGAUGGGUUUAACGACUAUGAAGGAGGCUCCCACCCCUCACCUUCCUCUCCAAUGAAUUAAACCCCCCCCCCGAACCCGAGAGAAGGGGGUGAAGAGAGACAGCUUCCAAGGCAGGCCUUAGCCAUAAGAUAAGUGAGCGGCGGCAGGUAGAAGAGGCGGGUGGAAAAGCGAUGCCUUUGAGGCUGCGCUGGCUUUGGUGGUGGGCGCUGGUGUGCAGUAGCUGCUGCUGUUCCCCGCCGCCUGUGCUGCCUCUCCUGCCCGCCGCGGGGGCGCUGCUCCCGGGCAGCAGGAGCGCUGCAGGCGAGCAGCUUCAGGCGCCGGUCACCACCUCCUCGUCCCCGGCGGGCUUUCUCUACCGGCGCCUCAAGUCCCACGAAAAGCGAGAGAUGCAGAAGGAAAUUCUGUCCGUGCUGGGCUUGCCUCACCGUCCCCGGCCCGUGCAUGGAUUGCUGCAGCAGCAGCAGCAGGAGGAAGAGGAGCAAGGAGUUUCCUUUCCCCACCAGCAACAGCCGCGGCGGCAACACUUGGUGCCCCCUCCAGGCAGGCUGAACUCGGCUCCUCUCUUCAUGCUGGAUCUGUACAAUACUCUGUCCAGCGAGGAGGAAGAAGAGGAUGAGGAGGGAGCGGAGUAUCGCAGGAGGAGCCAGGAUCUCUCAACUGCGCGCCCGUUGCAGCGGAAAACGCUCCUCAGUCACCACCCAGGAUCCCCCUCUGGCGGCAACGGCGGCUCCCCUACCUUGGCCACCUCACAGGACAGCGCUUUCCUCAGUGACGCUGACAUGGUCAUGAGCUUCGUCAACCUGGUUGAAUAUGACAAGGAAUUCACACCUUAUCAGCGACACCACAAGGAAUUCAAGUUUAAUUUGUCUCGGAUUCCAGAGGGAGAGGCUGUUACUGCUGCUGAGUUCCGAAUCUACAAGGACUGUGUCUUUGGAGGCUUUAAAAAUCAAACCUUUCUGAUUAGCAUCUAUCAAGUAUUGAAAGAACAUCAGAACAGAGAUUCAGAUCUGUUUUUGCUGGACACCAGAGCAGUAUGGGCCUCAGAAGAAGGAUGGCUCGAGUUUGACAUCACUGCCACCAGUAACAUGUGGGUGAUAAACCCUCAGCAUAACUUGGGACUCCAGAUGAGUGUGGUGACCAGGGAUGGUCUCAGUAUAAACCCUAGAGAAGCAGGACUAAUAGGUCGAGAUGGCCCUUAUGACAAACAGCCUUUCAUGGUGGCUUUUUUCAAAGUGAGCGAAGUUCAUGUUCGAACUGCUAGGUCAGCCCCCAACAGGCGCAGGGAACAGAGUCGAAACCGCUCUACCCAGCCUCAAGAUGUUUCCAGGGUAUCUAGUAUCACAGAUUACAACAGCAGUGACUUAAAAACAGCUUGCAGGAAGCAUGAACUUUAUGUUAGCUUCCAGGACUUGGGAUGGCAGGACUGGAUAAUUGCACCAAAGGGCUAUGCAGCAAACUACUGUGAUGGAGAAUGUUCUUUCCCACUUAAUGCUCAUAUGAAUGCCACAAAUCAUGCCAUCGUACAAACUUUGGUUCAUCUAAUGAAUCCAGAGAAUGUUCCUAAGCCAUGUUGUGCCCCUACAAAACUGAAUGCAAUAUCAGUUCUUUACUUUGAUGACAAUUCCAACGUCAUUUUGAAAAAAUACAGAAAUAUGGUGGUAAGAGCUUGUGGAUGUCACUGAUAACAAGUUCUCUACAGAAAGACCUGUUGUGCCGUUCUAAAUGACUUCCAUCCAGUGCCUCAAAGGGAAAAAUUCAAUGCUUUUAGAACAGUGUUUGUGCCUUAAGGAGGAAUUUUUAAAAAAGUAAAAGCAAGGAACUCCAAUGCUACUUGUUCUUGUAAAGUAUUUGCACAAUGAUGACUUUUUGGUUUUACAAUUUCUAAAUACACCAGAGAAAACUGUAAAGUGCGGAUCAUGCUGAUGCAGCAAAGGUACAGACAAAAUGCUGUUUUGAUCUUCAAUUCAGUCUUACUAAGCAGGCAGUCAUCAAAUCCUGGUUAAUGCCACAAAGAAGCAGUGGAGUUUGUAUUGAGAAAUGGAAUGCAUUAUUCAAGGCUAAACUACAUCUAUGUGUAGACAAAUCAAGGUAUCCUUACUUAAGUUUAGAGGCUUGCAAGUGAGAAUUUUGAUCGCCAAGGUAAGGAAGUGCCUUGCAUUGUAUUAACUGCUGCACUUGGGUGUCUGCCCAGGAGAUAAAGCAACACACUUGCUCUGUUUAAAACAGAAUUUGUCUCUUGCCCUUCAACACUGAACAUAACUGGCAAUGUGCUCUUAAUGGCUAUUACAAAAUUCAUUAGGGAAGACUACCAGGUUCUCUGUGUUGUAGAGGUUAAAUUGUUCAACAGGCUGAUGUUUGUACUCUUGUUUGAAAAGCAGUUUCUAUGUUUGCACUCCACAGCUCCCCAUUGCUAAUUCUGAUCUCUGUGUGUGCGUGUGUACGCACACACACACCACAGACUUUCUGAUGAACAAGCAAAAUGUAUGUUUGACUAUCCACUUGUAAAUUGGAUACUGAAUGGACAUACUCAAGGCACUGGUUAAAACAGGAUUCUCAAAACAUGGUAAUACUCUUUUUAAAAAAUCUUUUGUAAUCUCCUAAAAUGGAAGGGAAAAUCUUAUUGCUCUACAAAACAAUAUAUCAAGGUGUAUCACCGGGAAGGGGGGGGGGAGGAAGAGAAUGCAGGAGACCUGGUUUGCACUUAUUGGUGGAGUUGCGAGUGAUCUAUCCCACUGUCCCGAUUAAAAACACUCUUUGUAUAAUAUUUCUGAUAUCUGGCUCCACACAAUAGAAAUGUCUUCCUAAGCAAGAAAACAUGCACUUCCCUUUGACUACUUUGCUUUUUAAAAGGCUCUUGUAAAUAAAUGAAAAUGAUAAUUUAUUGCAACUGUCAGAUACAUUAAUUGUUGAUAUACCAUUUAGCAAGACCAAGUUUUUUUUAAAAAAAAGAUUUAUUCAGAAAUUGUGUGUGUGUAAACAAUUGUACCACUUGAUUUUGUACAAGAAAUCAUGAGUCGCAGCCCAGCCUGCUCAUGAGAUUGUGCUUCUUUAGUUUUUUAAAAGUCAUCAUGAUGAAUAAAGGCUCCCUUUAAGGCAGAAA